AUGGAUUAUUUCCCCAUGAUUUUCGCUCUGCUGUUUGUGGUUUUCCAAGGAGCUCCAGAAGCAGCGGUCCUGGGCACCGAGCUCCGCGCGGGAGCAGAGAGCGGCGGGGAGAAGCUUGCUCCCGUUACACCCUGGAGGCCCCGCCGGUCCAAGCGCUGCUCCUGUUCCUCCCUGAUGGAUAAAGAGUGUGUCUACUUCUGCCACCUGGACAUCAUCUGGGUCAACACUCCAGAGCACAUUGUUCCAUAUGGACUAGGAAGCCCUGCUAGGUCCAAGCGCUCCUUAAAGGACUUCUUUCCUACAAAGGCGACAGUCCACAGGAAGAGAUGCCAGUGUGCUAGUCAGACAGACAAGAAAUGCUGGAAUUUUUGCCAAGCAGGAAAAGAACUCAGGGACCAAGACUCCAUGGAGAAAGCCUGGAACAACCAAAAGAGAGGAAAAGAUUGUUCUAAGCUCGGAGAGAAGUGUCUUCAUCAGCAGCUCGUGGCCGGAAGGAAAACGAGAAGGUUGGAGGCCAUCCGCAACAGCAUCAAAGCAUCUUUUCGUGUUGCCAAGCUGAAAGCCCAGCUCUACAGAGAUAAGACAGUGACCUACAACCGUGCUCACUGA